GCGCGAACUUCGGUGAGAGGCUUUCCGCACUCCUACCGAAACAUAUUUCCUCUUUCGUUUGCUCAUUGGUGUGUGUUUGCCGAAGCGUUCCUUUUCAACCCGCAGCACAAUGCUCUUUGAACUCCUAGAGACCCUCUUAUGGGUCUACGCAGUGGCCAGCUGGUGCAUGUGCUUUUAUGUCUUCUUCUCCUGCGGCGAGGGCAUUCGCUGGUUCACCACAUUUCACAACUAUUUGCUCAUCUUUGGUGCCACAUGCGGCGCAGCGAUGACCCCGUUUCGCACCGUCCCGUCGAGAAGCCUUCUGAUCGUCUUUACCGGGUGGGCCUUCUAUGCCAUGCUGGUGACAACGCACAGUAUGCGCUUCCGACUGUGGCGCAGCCACGUACUGCCCGUCACGGCGCCGCUGGUGUUCAUCAUGAGCUGGGCCCAGUGCCGCCAGUCAACGCAGAGUGUGCUGUAA